AUGUUCAAAAGAUUUUGGAUUUAAUUAGUAACAAUAAUAACUUUAGCAAAUUGCUAAUAAACCACUUAUUUGCUGUCAUAAUAUCCAUUCCGGGUCUAUCCAUUAUUAAGAAGCCGGAUGUACACUGCUUGUAGUGGAUACGGUGUGUGGAGUAGAUAUGUUCCAUUAAGCAACAUCGUUAAAAUAGGAUAAAUUGGAAUUUUAGAUAGCAAUUGUUUUCAUUAACAUCAUGCCCAAGAACCAACAACACAAAGGAUAAACUUGAUUUACUAUGAAUGUCUUAAUUACGAAGCCAAUUCUAUAAUUAAAUAUCUACAAUUUAUAGAUAAUAAUGGUGAUGAUCAUAUUUAUGAGAUGCCAAUAGAGGGUGAAUAUGAGUAUGUUUGGUUUUUUGUUGGGUUUUAGAUAUACCCAUAUCAAAAACAAUUAAAUAUUUAUUUUUAUGAAAAAGGGAAAUCGAUUAAAAUACACUAGAUGCAGGUUCAAUCCCCAUUUUAUGACGAAGAAUUAAAUUUGAUUUUUGGAGGAGAUUUGAUAGUAAAUGAGAAUUAAUAACUUCACAACUCACAAAAUGUAAAAUUAUCAUAUUUCCCUGGAUAAGUUCUCAUAGUCCAAGAAUAUGAAUUAUAUCAAGAUGAAUAUUGCGACUUUAUAAUUUCAUACAUUCAGGACAACGAAGUAGAUGAGUGUCGAUGUUAAUAGAGUUAAAAUACAAAUAUAAAUAAUUAGGUGAUAUCGUAGUAAGAAGAAUUUCUGUUUAUUUCUUAAUAAACAAAUUGUUUAGAAUUCUUAUUUUCAGGUUGGAUUAAAUUUGAACAUAUACAAAUCUUUGAUGAAGUAGUAUAUUUUAAAUUUUUAAAAUUGUCAGAGAAUGUUAUGGUUUCUUCAAUAAUAAAUGACAAUAUAUCCCCUUUUACUUUAACUUAUAAGUUAUCCUCAACAGGAAAUUCGAUCAUUAUAACUACAUACAGUUACACAUUUCCAUCAAUAAAUAUUGAUUUUUCAAACGAUCCAUUUUUAAUCAGAUAAAGUUUUGAUAUUCUCAGCGAUUUAAAACUAUGGCAUUAUUUGAAUGUUAGGAAAUUCGAAAACUCCAUUUAAAUUUCAAUUAACUUUUUUUAAUAAGAAAAGUAUGAAUUUUACUAAGAAGUUAAACAGUUUAAUUUGGUUUAAUAUAAAUUACAAUAUGGAGAUCUAUUGUAAACUCAUUCAUACUAUUUAAAAGUACAGAUCUUUGACUUUAAAUUCUUUAAUUGUCCAGAGAAAAUAGAGCUGGAAAAUGAAUGUCAUGAAACUUGCAAGGAAUGCGAUGGUCCGACAAAAUCUGAUUGUUUAUCUUGUGUUGAAUCAUCAAAUAGAAGAUAUUACCCAGAAUUUAAGGAGUGCCUCUGUGAGUAUGGAACUAUUGAUAUAGGAGACCAAUGUUCUACUUAUGAGGAUCUAAAUUUAACCCUCGUAAUUCCAGAGGAAGUUCCUAUUUUGAAUUGCAAAUAUGGGUAAUUUGAAUAUGACAAUGAAUGUUAUAGAUGGUAAUUUUGUAUUCUUAUCUAAUUAGUCCAUCGACCAUUUCUGAAAAUGUUGUCACAUGUCUUGAGUGUUUACAGAAUCCUAAGGAAUGGAUUAAUAUGCUUUAUUGUAAGACAUCGCUAUAUUCAGACCAAGAAGGAAAUAUAUCGCGAUAGUUCUAGGAUUCAGAUUCUUGUUAUCAUUUUGAUGGGAACUCUUUAAGUUAUUACAAAUGUGGGGAUGACUAAUCUUCAUCAACCUUUGCAAAUCAAAUAUCUUUGGGAUUAGGUUCGUCCUCGUAUUGCCUGGAUCCUUAUUUUUUAAACUUUGAAAAAAAAUGUACUCUCUGUAUGAUAAAAUUUUGUUAAUAUUGCUUCAAUUAUUUUGGGGGUGAUCACUCAAUAACUACUCUAAAUUAAAGAUUUUCUUACUCUAUCGUUGGUGAAGAAAUUAAAACAGGGUGUGCAUAGUGUAAUGAUGGUUUCAUUUAUAACUUUGAAAAAGAGGAAUGUAUAUAUUAGAUUCCUACAAUCUCAAAUUGUCUUAGAUCAUAUAUUUCAUUUGAUGGUUAAGAAAUUUGUACAUUAUCAUCGAUAGAUGAUUUCAGUAUUGCCCCAGAAAUUAUAAAUUGUCAAAAACACAUUUUCAAAUGCAAACAAUGUAUCAAAACUCCAGAAUUGAUUAUUAAAUGCAUAAUUUGUGAGGAUGGAUAUUCAGCAUCUGCAUUUUCAGGAAUUUGUACUUAGUGCACUAGCAGAGAUAAUUCCAAAAGAUGUGUUGAAUGGAAUACAAGGAAUGAGGAACCUUGGAAAUGGAUGAUUCAAAGUUUCAGAAUUCAAUUCUUGCAAAUUAAAAAUUUUUCAUAUGAAUUAAUAUCUACAGUACCAUUAGAUUAUGUAAUAUAAUGCCUAGAUGGUUACAAUAUAAUUCUAAAUGAUUGCUUUGAAUAUUGUGAAGAUAGUUGUUUAAUAUGCAAUUAAAAUAUAGGUUAUGAAAAAUAUUUUUCUUGUUAAAAAUGUGGUUUGAACUAUUAUAAGAAGCGAUAUAGAGGACAAAUCAAGGGUAAAUGUAUUAACUGUCCUUCACUAUGUUAAACAUGUGAAUAGAGAUCAAGUGAAGAAAUACAAGUAUUAAAUUAUUAAUUCUAAUAGAAAAUCAACCCAAUCUUUAAUAUAACUACAGAGAAUGAAAUUUACACAUACAAAUGUCAAUAAAAGGUACCCUUAGAAUCAGUUGUUAUUGAUCCAAAUUUACAAAUUGCAUAGUAUUGCUUUAAUGGCAAUUGUGAUUUCAAUUUUGAGUAUUAAGUAAUUAUUUAUUACAAUUUAGAUUACAUUUUAUUGUGACACUUUUAAUAUGUUAGAUUUAGAAAUCUAUUAUGGCUAUUUGGAAAAUAUAUUUAAUUAUAAGUAUUUUAAUGAAAUUGGAUUAAAAAAAAUGACAUUAAUCCUACUAUUCAAUGAAAUUUGCGGCGUGUGGGAACAUUAAGAUUAUAUUUUUUUAAAUCAUUUUAGAGAAAAAGUAUUCUCUAUCUAAGUGAUGAAAUUAAGAAUAGAGGGAGAAUUAACAAAACCCUUCCUCAUGGUACUUUAAUUACAGAUAUUUUAUUUUGAUUAAGUUACAAUUACUUAAGUUCUCUUUCUAAUAAGAAGUAAGUUAGAAUUAAUAUUUCACAAUAGAGGGUAACCCAUAGAUUUUAAUAUUAUUGAUACAAACUUUUAUUCUGAUAACACCAAUCCUAAAAAGUUAUCAUUUUCGAGUGAUAACUUCCUCAAAUUUAAUUUGAAAAAUGUUAAUAUUUUUGAUUUGAUCAUUAGUAAUUCUCUAAUUUUUUCAAUCAUAAGUUUUGAUGAAGGUGAAAUUAUUACUAUAAAGAAUUUACAACUGACAAAUUGCAUUUUUAACAAUUCAACUCUGCUAUAUUUCUAGAAUAUACGUAGAAUAAUCAUCAUUGAUUAUCUUAUAAUCACUAAUUGCUAAUUUUAUAGCUCAUCUAUCUUAACAAUCACUUUAAACUCCAAUGAAUUUGCAGAUAUAUUUAUAAAUAAUGUAGAGAUUAAAGAUUCUUUGUUUUAAGACUCAAAUUUCCUUAACAGCAAUGGAAAUUCAACUAUUAGUAUUAAUAAAUUUACACUUACCAAAAGUUCAGUUAAUGGUUGUAGAAUGAUGUCUUUCAGUGAAAGCUUUUAUAUUGAUGAUGUAUUAUUGAAAGAGAAUAUUCUCAAAGAUAGUUAAUUUUUGAUUUCAUUAGCAACUACAUUUAUGGAUUCAGAAAUUAGGAUAAGUAAUUUUAUCAUUUUAGAAAAUCAAGUUUCUAAUUUCUCUGCUUUUGUUACAGAAGUAAAAUAUUAGAACAAUGAUGUGGAUAUAAAGUUAGAAAAUUUCCAGUUUGAAAGCAAUAUUCAAGAUCCUGAAGAUAAUUCUUAAUAUCUUUUUAAAUUUACUUGUUAUACUUUAUAGAUCAAUAAUAUCUAAUUAAAAAGCACAUAUAAUGUUAGAUUUUUUUCAAUCUUUGCUACUCCUCUAAUAAGAGUAGAAAAUAUGCUGUAUGAAAAUUAGUAUUAAUAAGAAUAAGUAGCAAUUAAGUUUGGUUGUUUGUAAAAUAACUAAAUAAACUCACAAUUACUAUUAGUAUCAGGAUUCUCUAACUUAAUUUUAGAAUAAAUUUAGAUUGUAAAUUAAUUCAGCAUAGAUUAAUCUAUUAUCUCUAUUCAAUCUAAUCCUUUGAUUAACUUUAAGGCAACAUAAUCUGUCGUAAUUAAUCAUGUCACUUUUCAAGGAAAUAUUCUAAUUAAAUAAAAAUAAGGUUUGUUUUUUUCCUUAAUUUAAAUUUACUCUGAAAAAACUCAAAUCUUAACUAUGGAUAAUGUCAAUUUCAAAGAAAAUAUGUUUCAUUAAUACCAAACUGAUCCUUCUGAAAAUUAUGCAAGUCUAAUUCUUAUAAACUCAGUAUAAGGUAAAAUAAUGAUGACAAAUAUGAUAUGCUCUUCCAAUGCUCUGACUAACUCAUCCAACUCAUUUAUUUCCAUCUUUUCAAAUACUAUUACCAUUGAAAACUUUUAAACUUUUAAUCAUAACUACCUCGACGCUGAAAUAUGGAAUAAAUAUUAUCAAGUGUAAAUUUCAAGUCAAUAUACCUAAAAUUAAAUUACUUAAAUUAUUAAUAAUGCAUUUGGAAUUGGAACAAUAGGUGGAGCUCUAUCGAUUACAUCUUCAUAAAUGAAUUUUGCUAAUGGUUUAUUUAGUAAUAUUAUUGCAGCGAGUAGCGUAAUUUUUAACAUCAAUUUAUAAGGUAACGGAAUUGUAUUUAUUAAAAAUUGUGAUAUCCAAAAUGCUUAUACUUAAUCUAUUUCAAAGUCUUAAGUAGAUGGAGCAAUUACUAUUAAUGCUAAAAAAAGCUUAUUAGCAAUGGAAAUUGAAAAUCUAACUUUGAAAGAUGUCUAAAAUAAGCUAUCCUCUUCGAUUUUUUCAAUUUAUCCAUCCUCUACUAAGAAUCAAAUAUUAUUAAACAAAAUAUAUGCUCAGAAUUGCUUUUCUCUUGUGAAUCAACUUCUUCUUUUAGAGUUUGAUUUUAAGAAUGCCGAUUAGAAUUAAGUGUCAAUUUAGAACUUACAUAUUAGUUAAACUGAUAAUGCCCUCUUGCAGUACUUACAAUCAAUUGGAACUCUAAACCCUAUAGAAAUCUAGAAAAUAAUCUCAGACAAUGCUAUUAUUAAUAUCAUCGGAUGUAAAUUAGAGAUGAGAGAAUUUGAAAUAGAAGGUAUUAUAUUGUCUGGAAUCAUAAAAAUCGUGGAUUAUAAUCAGAUUUUCUUUGUUAAUUCAAAAUUCUAUAAUAUUUCUACUUUUUAUCCCUUAAAUUUAUUAGAUUUCUCCUAGAACAAUCUUCUUGGAGCAGAUUUGCUUUUAAAUAACAUUUCAAUAUUAAAUUUAAAUUCAUUUUCAACCAAGAAAACUUAACUAAAUUACUUAAAUUCAAAUAUUUAAUUAAGCAUUAAUCAAUGUACCUUCAUAAGUAAUGAUGUAACGUAGUCUAAUUCAGAGUAAGUAUCAAUCAAUCGAUUUUUUGAAUAAAUCUUGGCCAAUUCUAAUUAAAAAGGGUCCUUAGUACAUUUAAAAAGCAUCACAAAUCAAACCUAAUUUUUUCUUAGAAAAAUCUCAGUAUUAAAUAACGAUUGUUAAUAUUGUUGGAAUGGUUUAAUAUAUUUCGAAUUGACAGAAGUUAAAGUCAUAAAACUCAAGGAAAUCCAUUGCAUUAUGAACUUCAUCAAAUCCCAUGGAUGUAUUUUAGCAAUAUCAGAUAGUAGCUUGGAGAAAUAAAUACUAAUUGGUCAAUCGAUCUUUAUGUCAAACCAUGGAACUAAAGGAACAGGAGUAUAAGUGUAAAACUUAAGAGUUGCUCUACAAAGUACAAGAAUUAUUAAUAAUGUUGCUGAUGAAAAAGGAGGAGGCAUUUAUUUUAAUUAAAAUUCAUAAAGAUUCUUAUUAAAUUAAACCCUAAUUUGCUAGAAUUAAGCAUAGGAAGGAGGGGGUGCUUAUCUUGAGGGUAAUAACAGUUUGAAUGUGGAAAAUUUCAAAUUAUCAAUGAUUUUAUUGAAUUCUGCUGAUGUAUCUUCCAGCAACAUCAACGAAUUACCGUCGCAUUUAGCCUUGUAGAUUAAUUAUCAAGAAAUGCAUUCUUAGAGGUAAUCCAUCAACAAUGAAUCAGUUUAUAUAUUAUAACUAAACCCAUAUAAAGUCAUAUCCCAAGAUCAUGUUAAAAGAACAAAUUACUUAACAAUCCCUAGUGGACAAACUCUAACUAAUUAUCAACUUUAUAAUCGUAAGAUUCAGCAAUACUUAGCUUACUUUAAUGAAAUUUCUGUCAUUUUUAAAAAUAGCUUGAAUGAGUAAUAGACGCUAAACCUUAUCAACUCUUCAUGCAAUUUAAUCUAAUAAUCAUUCGAUAUCAACACCUAUUCACUUUAAGAAACUAAUAAUAUAUAAGAAAUUGCCUACGAUUCAAAUAUUCAUAAGUUUAACCUAGGAUUAUCUAAGUUCAAUUUUGACCCAUAUACCUAAAACAAUAAAAUAUAUGAGAUACUAAUUUAAUGCAAAACCGAAUAUUAGUAAGAUGUAUUGUCUUAUAAAAUGAGGGUUAAGAGCUUUUUCUGUCAAUUAGGCGAAUUUUACGUUUCUGGUGGUUGUUAAACAUGCCAAUCAGAAUAAGGGUUUUACUCUGUUACUUACAAUACUACAAAAUGCUCUAUUUUUGAUAAAACUAAAUUCGAUGCAAUUACUUCAAAUAAAAUUUAACUCAAACCAGGUUAUUGGAGACCUAAUUUUAUCUCUGAUUAUACUGAACUCUGCUAUAAAAGUACAAGUAAAUGUUUGGGAGGUUGGGCUAUUGGUGAUAAUACUUGCAAUAAGGGACAUCUUGGAGGUUUAUGUGAAGAAUGCGAUAAAUUUAAUCUUAGAGGAGAAGGCUAAUUCUUCAAGAACUAAUAAUAAUUGGAAUGUUAAUAAUGCUAAGAGCUUUUAAAAAGAUUAAUAGCUUUCUUAUUGAUAUCAUUUUGGUAAAAUCAAUCAAUUAUAUUAUUAGGGCUAUCUUAUCAACUCUCUUAACCAUCAAAAGUAUUGAAAAAUCAAACUAAUUAUUCACAUCACUUAAAUUAAAAUAAAAGUUUGCAGAUAUAUUAUUCAAUUUGAAUUAAGGUAAUAAUGAUAUAUAUAUAUUUAGAUCAUGAGAGUAUUUUACUUAAGUUAUUUUUAAAUUAUAUUUGGAUAUUUUCUCUUAUUUUUACUUUUAACAUUCGAUUUUCAUUCUCUUUAGGCUUUUUGAAAUAAUCAAGUGAUACAUCUUAUUUUAUGGCUAAUUAUUUUGAAUGCUUUUUGUCAGAAAUACAUGGUACCGAUUUGAUUUACAGCAGAAUUAUCCUAACUAUAGUAUUAAUAAUAUCUUAAAUUUUAAUAAUCUAUCUAGGAUUCUAAAUACUUUCUUUAUUAACAGAUUAUAAAUAUCAAAGCAGAAUUCUAUCUAUCACUAUUCUUUAUCUGUACAUUUAAAAUUACGCAUCAGUGAUCAAUUAGUAACAAUUAAUUUCCUAACAUUAGAUUCUUUUCGAUAUUGGCAGCUAGAAGGAUUUCUUAAAUCGACUAUAUCUAAGGAGAUGUGUCUUUACUGUAUGGCACCGAUACUCAUAUCAAAUGGAUAUUUGGAUUUAUAGUGCCUGGAUCUGUGUUGCUAGUAAUAAUAUUACCAUUUUCUAUGUACACUUACCUUUACUUCAAGAAGGAUAAGCUUAAUAAAAUUAAAUAUAGAAGACACAUUGGGUAUCUAUUUAAUGAGUAUACUGGAAAAACCUACUUUUGGGAGUGGAUUAAACUGUGGAAGAAAACGAUUAUUAUAAUUAUUCUAAUCUAUUUUGAAACUGAUAUAUUUUUGAAGGCUACAUUAUUAGGAUUGUGCUUGUUGAUCUAUUAAUUCAUAUCUUAACGAUUCAAGCCAUAUCACCUUCAAAGAUUCAAUAUCUUGGACAUAUAGGCUGGGCAACUUUGCUCUAGUGCAAUAUUUCUAGCAGCGGUGAAAUAUAUUUGCGAUUAAUAAGACAACUCAAUAGUUUCAGGAGUCAUUUAAACUAUGAUCAUAUUAAUCAGUUUAGUAUUGAGCUUCCCAUUUGUUAUAGAUAUCCUAAAAGUUUAUUACAAGAAGUUCAAACCUCAGGUAUUGUCAUCCUUGCUUUCAGUAUUCCUUGCCUCUCAACCUAAUUCUAAAUAUACAAAAUAUUUAUCAAAAAAUCUAGAACUCCUAAAAUAGAAGGAAGAGAGCGUUAAAAACAAUUUUUAUAAAUUAAGAUAGGCUUUUUUUAAGAAAAAAUACAACUAAAAUUAGUAGUAAGUUAUUCCUUUAAUAUUAGAUUAAAUAUCAAAUUGACUAAUUAUUUAUCAAAAGAUUAACUGGUUUAAUUUAGUGUUUAAACAAUAUCAGAAAAAUAAGUUUGA